AUGGACCGGGUCGCUGCCUUCCUCCACCUCGACCCCCCCAAAAUCGACCAAACACCCAUCACCCCCGCACUGAGCCACUUGUCACCGCACCACACCGCAGCACAGCAGCACAGGAGAGGCGGAGCGGCACUGGCGGCUGUGCAAGGGGCAGCGGGAAGCGGUGUGAGCAGCCCAGGCCUAGCCCAUGGCAUCCGGCAAGGCGGGGGGCCGGGGGUGCAUGGACAUGGGGCUCCGGGGGCCCAUGGGCAGGGGGCGCAUGGGCAGGGGGAGGAGGUGGCAGCAGCGCCAUUGAGCAAGCGGGUGGCGUACCGAGUGGAUGUGCUCUUCUCCACCCACUCCUACGUCAAGAGCCUCGCGCUGCUCACUGCCACUCUCCUGCUGUCAGUCACCUCGCCUCUAUCCGCCUCUCCUGCUCUCAGCUCUCUCCCCCUUAACUCAUCCCUUCCAACUCCCCUCGUCUCCCUUUCUUCCGCCCACCCGUCACGCCGCCCAAUCCCGCCGCCCGACCCCGCCCCGUGCAGCAUCGCGGUGGGCGGCCUGGCCCUGUACGCAGUGAGUGGCAAGGAGCGUCUUGUUCUGGCAGACGCCACGUGGCGGGCCUGGACGUACGUGGCAGAUGCUGGUAACCACGCGGACAGCGAGGGGGUGGGGCCGCGCGUGGUGGCAGUGUGUGUGAGCAUCGGCGGCAUGCUGGUGUUUGCGCUCAUGGUGGGGCUCGUGUCCGAGGGCAUCUCGGAGAAGGUGGACUCGCUGCGCAAGGGCAAGAGCGACGUCAUCGAGCACAACCACACGCUCAUCCUCGGCUGGAGCGACAAGCUCGCGUCGCUGCUGAAGCAGCUGGCGGUGGCGAAUGAGAGCAUGGGGGGCGGGGUGGUGGUGGUGAUGGCGGAGCGCGACAAGGAGGAGAUGGAGAGUGAGAUCGCCAAGAUGGAGUUCGCCUUCAAAGGCACCUCCGUCAUCUGCAGGUCUGGUUCCCCUCUCGUGCUAGCGGACCUAAAGAAGGUGUCAGUGAGCACGGCGCGCUCCCUCAUAGUGCUGGCAGAGGCGGAGAACGCCGAUGCAGCAGAUGCGCGCGCGCUGAGAGUGGUGCUGUCGCUCACUGGCGUGCGCGAGGGGCUGCGAGGCCACAUUGUCGUCGAGCUCUCUGACCUCGAUAACGAGGCACUCGUGAAGAUGGUGGGCGGGCAGCAGGUGGAGACGGUGGUGGCUCACGACGUGAUCGGGCGGCUGAUGAUUCAGUGCGCGCGGCAGCCAGGGCUGGCGCAGAUAUGGGAGGCGCUGCUGGGGUUUGACAACUGCGAGUUCUACGUCAAGCACUGGCCGCAGCUGGCGGGCAGGCCCUUCAGUGACGUGCUCAUCUCGUUUCCCGAUGCCGUGCCGUGUGGAGUGCGCAUCGCCGGGGAUGGAGGGAGGAUCUGGCUCAACCCGGAUGACGACUACGUGCUGCAUCCCGACGAUGCAGUGUUGGUGGUGGCGGAGGAUGAUGACUCGUAUGCGCCCGGCCCGCUGCCGCACGUGCGCCAUGCCAUGCUGCCCGACGUCGUCGUGCCGCCCAAGCUGCCCGAAAAGAUUCUAUUCUGCGGAUGGCGGCGCGACAUUGACGACAUGAUUGUGGUGCUCGAGGCAUUUCUAGCGCGCGGGUCGGAGCUGUGGAUAUUCUGUGAGGUGCCGGUGGAGGAGAGGGAGGAGCGGCUGAUGGAGGGCGGGCUCAACCCGGGCGACCUGGAGAACGUGGCGCUCGUGCACCGCGUCGGCAAUGCUGUCAUUCGCCGCCACCUCGAGAGCCUCCCCCUCGAGACCUUUGACUCGAUCCUGAUUCUAGCGGACGAGGGCGUGGAGGACUCGGUGAUCAACUCUGACUCGCGCUCACUCGCCACGCUGCUGCUCAUCCGCGACAUCCAGUCCAAGCGCAUGCCCUACGAGGUCUGCUUCUCCGGCGCCCCUGCCCCCAGGUCCCCCCGCGCCACACGCAUCAUGCCUGGCGCUGCCGCUGCUGCCGCCGCCGCCGCCGCUGCUGCUUUCGCUGCUGGCGGCCUGGGAGCAGCAGCGUUGGGGGCAGGCGCAGGGGCAGGGGCGGGAUCAGGGGCGGAUGGUGCGAGUGGUCCCAGUGGAGGCGGUGGAAUGGGGAGUGCAAACGGGAAUGGGAAUGGGGGGUCGUGGAUUCGGCAGAUGCAGAAGGCGUCGCAGCAGUCAAUUGUCAUCUCCGAGAUUCUCGACUCGCGCACGCGCUCCCUCGUCGCCGUGUCUAAGAUCAGUGACUAUGUGCUCUCCAAUGAGCUCGUCUCCAUGGCCCUCGCCAUG